AUGGAGACCAGGGAGGACAAAUCCCCACAGCAGAACCUCGUGGAAGAGGCCAUUUUGAGCAGCUCCAUGGCGCAGGAAUCCAAUGGGGAGGAAAAGAUAAAGAGAUCUCAUGGGAGGAGGGGCUCCAAACCCAUCCCAGGGUGCUCUGAGGAGGAAAGACCCACCCUGUGCCAGGAAGGUGGACAGACCUUCAGCCGAGGCUCUGAGCUGGUGGUGCCUGAGCAGCUUCAUGAUGGGGAGAAGCCCCACAAGUGCUUGGAGUGUGGGAAGAGCUUCAGCCGGAGCUCCCUCCUCAUCAGACACCAGCGGAUCCACACUGGGGAAAGGCCCUAUGUGUGUCCUGAGUGUCAGAAGAGGUUUCAGACCAGCUCCAAUCUCCUCAAGCACCAGCGGAUUCACACAGAGGAGAGGCCCUUCCGCUGCCCUGACUGCAGGAAGGGCUUCAAGCACAACUCCACCCUCAUCAGGCACCGGCGCAUCCACACUGGGGAGAGGCCCUACGAGUGUGGGGAAUGUGGGAUGAGGUUCAGCAGAAACUCCCACCUGAUCCGCCACCAGAGGAUCCACACCAGGGAACGGCCCUAUGAGUGUGAGCAAUGUGGAAAGAGCUUCAGCCGCAGAUUCAGCCUGAUCUGCCACCAGAAUAUCCACGCUGAGGAAAGGCCAUACAAGUGUGGGGAAU